CAGGAUCAGAGGGCAGCUCAUUUUUUUCCCAGCAUGGCCCCCUCUGCUUGGGCCAUCUGCUGCCUCCUGGGGAGCCUUCUGUUCCAUGUGGGCAGCCCCAGCCCUGGUCCCAGCCCCAGCGUGCCUCGUCUGCGGCUCUCCUACAGAGAUCUCCUGUCUGCCAACCGCUCUGCCGUCUUUCUGGGCCCACGGGGCUCCCUGGACCUCCAAGUCAUGUACUUGGAUGAGUAUCGGGAUCGCCUCUUUCUGGGAGGCCGAGAUGCCCUUUACUCUCUGAGACUGGAUCAGGCAUGGCCAGACCCCCGGGAGGUCUUGUGGCUGCCACAGCCAGGACAGAAGGUGGAAUGUGUCCGGAAGGGAAAAGACCCUUUGACAGGGUGUGCCAACUUCGUGCGGGUCUUACAACCCCAUAACCGGACCCAUCUGCUGGCCUGCGGCACGGGAGCCUUCCAACCCAUUUGCACCUUCAUCACAGUGGGCCAUCGAGGGGAGCAUGUGCUCCGCUUGGAUCCUAGCAGUGUCGAGAAUGGAAGGGGGCGUUGCCCACAUGAGCCCAGUCGACCCUUCGCCAGCACCUUUGUAGGUGGGGAGCUGUACACAGGUCUCACUGCUGAUUUCCUGGGACGUGAGGCCAUGAUUUUCCGGAGUGGGGGUCCCCGACCAGCCCUGCGUUCUGACUCCGACCAGAGCCUCCUACAUGAACCCCGGUUUGUGAUGGCUGCUCGGAUCCCAGAUAACUCUGACCGGGAUGAUGACAAGGUGUACUUCUUCUUCUCUGAGACUGUCCCGUCACCAGAUGGCAGCCCAGGUCAUGUCACCAUCAGCCGCGUGGGCCGCGUCUGUGUGAAUGACGCUGGUGGCCAACGCGUGCUGGUGAACAAAUGGAGCACUUUCCUCAAGGCCCGACUGCUGUGCUCUGUGCCCGGCCCGGGUGGGGCCGAGACUCCCUUUGACCAGCUGGAGGAUGUGUUCCUGCUGUGGCCCAAGGCCGGGAAGAGCCUCGAGGUGUAUGCGCUGUUCAGCACCGUCAGUGCUGUGUUCCAGGGCUAUGCUGUCUGUGUGUACCACAUGCUAGACAUCUGGGAGGUCUUCAAUGGGCCCUUUGCCCACCGAGAUGGCCCUCAGCAUCAGUGGGGACCCUAUGGGGGCAAGGUGCCCUUCCCUCGCCCCGGUGUGUGUCCUAGCAAGAUGACUGCACAGCCAGGCCGACCCUCUGGCAGCACCAAGGAUUACCCAGACGAGGUGCUGCAGUUCGUCCGAGACCACCCACUCAUGUUCCAGCCUGUGAGGCCUCGCCGUGGCCGCCCUGUCCUGGUCAAAACUCACUUGGCUCAGCAACUGCGCCAGAUUGUGGUGGACCGAGUGGAGGCUGAGGAUGGGACCUAUGAUGUCAUCUUCCUAGGGACUGAUUCGGGUUCUGUGCUCAAAGUCAUUGCCCUCCAGGGUAGUGGCUCGACCGAACCUGAAGAGGUGGUACUGGAGGAGCUUCAGGUGUUUAAGGUGCCAACGCCCAUCACCGAGAUGGAGAUCUCUGUCAAAAGGCAAACGCUCUAUGUGGGCUCUCCACUGGGUGUGGCCCGGCUGCAGCUGCACCAGUGUGAGACUUACGGCAGUGCCUGUGCUGAGUGCUGCCUGGCCCGGGACCCAUACUGCGCUUGGGAUGGCAACUCCUGUGCCCGCUACCGCCCCGGCUCUAGCAAGCGCAGGUUCCGUCGGCAGGACAUACGCCAUGGCAACCCUGCUGUGCAGUGUCUGGGCCAGGGCCAGAGCCAAAACAAAGCAGCUUCAGGCCUCGUGACCAGAGUCUUUGGCACAGAGCACAACAGUACCUUCCUUGAGUGCCUGCCCAAGUCUCCUCAGGCUGCAGUGCGCUGGUUCUUACAAAGGCCAGGGGAUAAGGGGACUGACCAGGUGAAGACAGAUGAGCGAGUUGUGCAGAUGGCCCAGGGGCUACUGUUCCGAAGGCUCAGCCGCCAGGAUGCAGGGAACUACACUUGUACCACUCUGGAACAUGGCUUCUCCCAGACCGUGGUCCGGUUUGCCCUGGAGGUGAUUGCGGCUGUGCAGCUGGACAGCCUGUUCCUUCGGGAGUCAAGGCUAGAGGAGCCCUCAGCCUGGGGAAGCCUGGCCUCUGCCUCCCCCAAGACUUGGUAUAAGGACAUCCUUCAGCUCACGGGCUUCGCCAACCUGCCCCGUGUGGAUGAGUACUGUGAACGUGUAUGGUGCAGGGGUGUCGGGGAGCGCUCAGGUUCCCGUGGAAAGGGAAAGCAAUCAAGGGGCAAGAGCUGGGCGGGGCUGGAGUUGGGCAAGAAGAUGAAGAGCAGGGUGCUGGCUGAGCACAAUCGGACACCCCGGGAGGUAGAAGCCACAUAGAAGAUGACUGAGGAGCGGGUGGUCGGGCUGGGCUGGGGGACUCAACUGUAUCUCUCUCCCACCCAGCUAGGAAAGAGGAGCCCAGGACACCUGAUUGAUUACCUCUUAGAGGAAAUCUCUACCACCUACAGGAAAGAGGAGGGGCUGGUGGGAGGGGCCUUGCACCUCAGCCUCCUCCCGCCUUCCUCCGAGUUCUCAGUCCCAGGCUGGAGCUGGCACCUCCAGACCACUUGUAGUCCCAAGGGGCCUGCUAUUUGUUCUCAGAGGUGGUGUGGCUUCCGGAGCACAUUUCCGGUUGUGCCCAGAGGCCGAGUUGGGUGGUUCUUUCCCAGCUUGCUGAACAAUGGCCAUUCUGAGUGCCCCUCUGAGUGGGUGUAUGGGUGGCUCUAAGGGGGUUUAUUGUCAGUCCACCAGAGGAGGGGAAAGUAGAUUCCUGAGCUAGUACCCGAUAAGAAACACUUGCCCUGACGACAGAGGUUCGAGAGAAGGUGGGGGCGCUGAGGAGGUGGGGUUGCGCUGUUUAUCUGUCUCCUGCUUUGGAAUCUAGAUGAUCCCCUGCAUCAGCUCACUCCCAUCUCCUACUCACAGAGGUGGGAACUGCUGGGACCUGGAGGAUGCCUGGCCCUGGCCCCCUUUUAAAGCAGGAAGAGUUGAUACCCUUUCCCAGGUCCCAAAUUGUCAGGCCAGGCUUGCUUUCUGAGGAUCAGAGGAAGGUUCUGUGGACCAGAAAGAGGAAGAGGGGAGCUGGGGGGGAGGUAUGGGAAGGGUGGGCUCCCUUCUCGAGGGUAAGGCAAGCAUGCUCAGGCCUGUGACAUUAGCAAUGGACACUCUGAAAACUGCAACCAGUGGUGAGGAUCGGCCUCUAGAGAGAGGUGAGACAUGGGGUCCAUGGGGUCCAUGAGCAGGUGUCCUCAAGAGCCAAAGUGACAUCAGUAGGUUCAGGAGCCACCCGGCAGGCCAGAUACCUCCAACGCUGGAGUCUUACUGAGGGUGGUCAUGGCGGUUCGCUUACAAGACUCCCAUGGUUUUUUGUGGUACUUGGGAUUGAAUCUAGGAUCUCGUGCAUGCUAGAUAAAUGCUCUACCACUGAGUGAAAACCCAGCUCUCUAUGGGAGAACAGAAAGCUGGUAUGGUAAACCCUGCUGUUC